AUGAGAGCUGUCUGUGAAUAUGUAACUUGCCCAUCAAGUGUAACUUAUCGAACAUUAUCAAUCUCCGUCAUCGUCGAGAAUACGUAUGGAUCAGAGGAUGUCUCCGAUAAUGAGGGAUCGAGCAUCAGAAGCAAGACAAGUAAAAGGAUACGCUUGAGUGAAAGGUACUUUGGGCUACGAGACAAUUUGCUUAUUAAGCUGGGUAAAGUGUCGGGCGAAUUCAUUGUGAAUGUCCAAUUUAAAAAACGAAAAAGCUUCAAAGGCUACGGUCCUGCUAAGAAGAGACAAUGCGGCGAGGGUACCUAUGAGCGAAGCUCCAACGCAGAAUCCCCUGGUCGAGAAACAAGCUACCAGGAUAACGCGAACAGUGUAGGAUGGUAUGUUGGUCAGCGCAGUCGGUCUAAUCUCAAAUAUGAGGUCGGAGCAUUAGACGUCGCCAUCAAUCCCGUGGGCUAA